AUGCCGUCCAUCCUUAGCGAUGCCGAUAAAGAAACCGUGAAGCGGAAUGUCUCCAAACCUUCGAACAAGAUCCUUGCUGUAGCCGUUGCGCGGCUCUAUGUCGCAUAUCCCGAUCCGCAAAGAUGGACAUAUACAGGUCUGCAGGGUGCUGCGGUGCUUGCCAACGACCUGGUCGGGCGGACUUUCUGGCUGAAGCUAGUGGACGUAUCUCCUGCUGGGAGAGGUGUCAUCUGGGACCAGGAAAUCUACGAUAAUUUCGCAUACAAUCAGGACCGCACGUUCUUUCACACAUUCGAGCUUGAAGACUGCGCGGCCGGUUUCUCCUUUGCUGAUGAAAAAGAGGCAAAGACCUUUAUCAAGAAGAUGCAUGAGCGGGAGAAACAUGCAAGCAAGGAAACCCGUCAAACACCGUUCGCAUCAACUCGAGGCCAGGGUCCUGCCCCUAUGGUCAAUGGCAAAUCCGGCGUGGGACGCUCGCUGUUCGGCAGUCUAUUAGGCCAUCGGUCACCCUCUGGUUCGAGUGCACCACCUCCUGCACCCGCACCCGCAGCACCUUCCGCGCCUCCGACUCAAUUAGCUCCUCCGAGCGGCCCUCCACGCAAGGAGUUGCCCUUCGAUACUAGUGAUCCAUCAUGGAAGGGGCUCCUAGAUGAACUUCUGCAGAUGGGAAUUACAGAAGACCAGAUUGCGGAGAAUUCCGACUUCAUUAAGGCCUAUAUAGAACAAAGGCAAGGCAACGAAGCCGACCCCACAUCCUCUCCUUCGGAAGAUCAGAGGCGAGGUAAGGCUCCGCCUCCUCCACCGCCAUCUGCGCCUCCCCUUUUGAAGACCACGCCUAUCAGUCCACAAAACACCGGCAACAGCGCGGGCAGUCGACGGGGCGCGCCGCCACCUCCUCCCCCGUCGCGCAAAGCUCGUCCUGAAGCGGAAGAGGAACCGGCGCCUGCGCCAGCUCGUGAACCGUCACCUCCGCGACCCAGGUUCCGUGCGCCGCCUCCAAUCGCAGAUGCCGGGAAGCUCGCUCACACCGUUGGCCCACCCGUUCCUGGCCGACAGAGAGCCAUGUCCGGUACCAACCCUGGCCCUCCUCCUCCUCCGCGACCUCCCAAGACUCCUAUGGAGGAUGGUGGUGGCCCGCGUUUCGGCGUUCCUCCUCCAUUCCAGGGGGAGCGGAAGGUAUCCGCGCCGCCAGCACCGCCCAGCCGUAGCUCGGCACCUCCAGGGCCGCCUCCUCCUCCUCCGCGAAGCCCUGCCACCCCACCACAGCUUCCUCCCAAAGUUCCUCAUGCGCCGACCUCUGCGGCAGGUCCUCCGCCUCCCCCACCGGCCCCCAAUCAUGUCCCACCUCCCGCGCCUCCACCAGUUCCUGCUGCUUCACGGCCAACUCCUGCCCCUCCAGCCACUAGUGCCGUGCCUCCUCCGCCUCCACCACCUUCAGCGAGUGUUCCACCACCACCUCCCCCUCCUCCUCCAGCAAGCGCAGGACCACCCGCACCUCCGCCUCCUCCUCCUCCCCCGUCAAGCGCAGGCCCUCCACCACCCCCGCCGCCUCCGCCGGCUCCUGGCGGCUCUGCGCCUCCUCCACCUCCGCCUCCUCCUGGUGCCGGUGCACCUCCCCCACCUCCCCCUGCGGGUGGCGCGUCUCCACCUCUGCCCAAGCCAACUGGUGGCAGGGAUGACCUCCUGGCUGCUAUCCGAGCUUCUGGAAGUGGCGGAUUACGGAAAGUCAAAGAUUCCGAGAAGAGAGAUCGGAGCGCUGCCCUUGUUCCCGGAUCUGCUACUGAGUCGACCGCGCCAACUCCAAGUAGCGGAGGUGCCGCUCAAGGAGGUUUGGCUGGCGCUUUGCAAGACGCCCUUGCGAAGAGGAAGCAAAAAGUUAGCGGUAGCGAUGAUGAGAAGGACGAUGACGACGAUUGGUGA